CGGACGCUUGGGGGCCCCUCCCCUUUCGGACGCUUCGGGAGCUCAGACGUCAGCCGCAAGCCUCUGGUUCAGCUUCUCCCGCCCUUCAGCAUCAAAACCGAGAAUCGAAACUGCGCUGGAUUCCAUGCAGCAGGAGCCUAAACCCGCCGGAUCUCCGGGGCCCCAGCAGGACCCCGCACUGCCCCACGCCCCCACCAUGCCUCCCCCGGAGUCCCUCUCCGAAGGCCACGAGCACAGCCACAGCCCCACAGAGCAAGCCACGGAGGAAGAGUUCCAGUUCUUGCACUGCCAGGGCUGCCGGGCAGAAGCCAAGUGCCCCAAGCUGCUGCCUUGUCUGCACACGCUGUGUUCAGGAUGCCUGGAGGAGCCUGGCAGGCAGUGCCCCAUCUGCCAGGCGCCCUGGCCCCCAGGCCCUGAUGUGCAGGCCUUGGACAACGUCUUCUUCGAAAGCUUGCAGCGGCGCCUGCAUGUGUACCGGCAAAUCGUGGACGCGCAGGCCCUUUGCACCCGCUGCAAAGAGCUGGCCGACUACUGGUGCUUCGAGUGCGAGCAGCUCCUCUGUGCCAAGUGCAUCGAGGCGCACCAGUGGUUCCUCAAGCACGAGGCCCGGCCACUAGCGGAACUCCGCAGCCAGUCGGCGCGGGAGUUUCUGGAUGGCACGCGCAAAUCCAACAACAUCUUCUGUUCCAACCCUAACCACCGCGACCCUACGCUGACCAGCAUCUACUGCCGAGGCUGCUCCAAGCCGCUGUGCUGCUCGUGCGCGCUCCUGGAUAGGGGCCACAGCGAGCUCAAGUGCGACAUCAGGACGGAGAUCCAGCAGCGGCAGGAGGAGCUGGACGUCAUGACCCAGGACCUGCAGGAGCAGGACCGCGCCUUUGGCGCGGCGCAGGCGCAAAUGACCUCGGCCAUCAGCCAGCUGGGCCGCGUGCGCGCGGACACCGAGGAGCAGAUCCGCGCGGGCGUGCGUCAGGUGGUGGAGCACGUGCUAGAUCAGGAGCGUCAACUGCUGGAGGAGGUGAAUGCAGGGUACCAGCGCAAUUACGAAGAGAUAGCAGGCCAACUGGGCCGCCUGGAUGCUGUGCUGCAGCGCAUCCGUACGGGCAGCAUGCUUGUGCAGAGGAUGAAGCUCUAUGCUUCCGACCAGGAGGUGCUGGACAUGCACGGCUUCCUGCGUGAGGCACUCCACCAGCUGCGCCAGGAGGAGCCCCAGAGCCUGCGAGCUGCUGUGCGCACGGACAGCUUCGACGAAUUCAAGGUGCGCCUGCAGGAUCUCGCCUCUCGUAUCACCCAGGACACAGAUGCAGCUGUUAACAGGAGAGCCAGCCCAGAAGCUGCCCGCACUCCCAGAGACACUUUUGACGUUGACCCGCCAGAGGAGGCGCAGAGGGCCCAGGUGCAGGCACCAGGAUUGACUGUGGUACAGCCGGUGCCAGGGGCACACCCUGUGCCAGUGUACGCCUACUCCAUCAAAGACCCUUCCUGCAGAGAGGAGGUCUCCAACACAGCCACACCACAGAAGAGGAAGUCCUGCCAGACCGAGUGCCCCAGGAAGGUCAUCAAGAUGGAGUCUGAGGAGGAGAAGGAGUCAAGGUUGGCUCGGAGCUCCCCUGAGCAGCCCCGGCCCAGCACCUCCAAGGCAGUCUCGCCACCCCACCUGGACAGGUCCCCCAGCCCCAAGACCCCCGUCAUAGGAAAUGAGACCUUCCUGCCCGACAGCAACCAUGCGACCAGCGACCCUGGGGAGGCAGAGGAGCGUGUCGUGGUGAUCAGCAGCUCGGAAGACUCAGAUGCCGAAAACUCGAGCAAGCUGCCGUCCCUGAUGCUGUGUGUCCCGGACAGCCUGCCGCUCACCAGGAGCAAGCUGCCGUCCACCGUGGGAUCAACUUCCUAUCACGCAGAGCACAAAGAAACCCGCGCCUUCGCCAUAUCUUACGCCUGCCCCUCAGAGUGUAUUGUGCCCCCAUGUGGACUUGUUCUCCCUCCCAAGGGCCAGUCCAGGCCACCACCCCGGCCACCACCGGGACUCCCAGCCAACCUGCCGGUCCCCAGGAGUGUCCCGCCCGCCUCACAACGGCUAACGGCCAACCCCGCCGGGCGGGACGGGCAGCACGAUCCCGCGGCCGCUCCCUCCGGGGCUCCUCGCGCGUGGCCCAGUGGCUCAACAACUUCUUUGCCCUUCCGCUCUCCUCUGUGGCUCCCCAACUUGAUGCCUCUCUCAGGGGGGGGGUCGGGGGAGGCAGAGCACCCCAGGCUCUUGGAGCAGGAGUCUCUCCUGGGGACUCUGGCAGAGCCCCCAUGGAGAAUCCCCAAGUCCAGGUCCCACUGGAAGUCCCUCCAAAUGCAUUCCCACCACCCCACCCUCCAAAUAGGCCUCCCACGAGCACGGGCCCCCCGCAGACAAGCCUCUGAGAGCCCAAGUGCCUCCCUCCUCUGCAGCCCUGACCCUGGUCACCUUCCUCUUGUAACCUGUGGCCAACACACCCCCUCUGCUCCCCAAGCCCCUCCACCCUGCUACCCAGCCCAGCCCACGCACCUGAAGGCCCUACACACAGUAGGCAUCCAAUACAUCAUCAGAGAGUGAACAAGGGCAUGAAUGGCUCCAUGGACCUCUGGGUAAAGAGACAAGUCCUCCCCAGCCAUGGGGGUGUGACAGAUUCAGGCCCUUGUUCCUCACAUCCUCAGGCCUCUUUGCCCAAGACAAGGAAGCUUCUCUCACCCUUUGCACCUCCCACUGCCCCAUCCCCCCACCCCAAGCCUUCCCACUGGGCCUCCGCCAGGAUGUAAGCCCACGAGGGCAGGGACUGUGUCGCUCCCAGGCCCUGGCAGGUGCGGCUGCUCAAUAAAUACUUGUUGAACGAUCACCCUUGCAAACCCUUCUUCCAUGACCAUCAGAUUCCCUGCUGGGCUUAGCCCUUCCCUGCAGGUGUUUUUUGUCUCCUCCCUGCACUGACGCUUGGUUCACCUGGGGGGCUGCUAUGUCCCUCUUUCCCCCACAUCCUGGGAGCAUCAGAGGUGGGAGGUAGGGUCCAGGCCCUCUGUGCCUCCUGUUUGGGUCCCACCGUCUGGCAAGAUCCCCUGUGCCUUUGAGGUUUGGGCUCUCCAGAUGAACCCCACUUGCCCCAGCUCAUCUCAGACAUUCUCCUGCCUUCCCCCACGUAGGAAGACUGCCUCCUAGGUUUCCUCUCCCCACGCAGGUCCAGCCUUCCUGGGUGACUUCAACAUCCACCACCCUGGUCUCUCCUCACCUUGAGCUUUCAGGGAUCUUUGCCCCAUUCCCCUGCAGCUGCCAAUCCCAUCCCCCAUGCCCCCUCCCCCCAGACCUCGCCAUCACUGAGAACUUUCCAUCUCUAAACUGUCCCACGCAGACUCUGACCACAGCCUCCUGCUUGAGCUCUCAACCCGUUCCUUCCAGGACCUCUGCCCUCUCCCUCCCAGCUCCUUCUGCCUCUGCCUCCUGCCCACCAGCCAGCAAGGUCCCCCAUUUCAGCCAGCCUUUCACCAGGAUCUCAGUGCCCUGCCUCCCUCACCCGCCGGCCUCCUGGUAGCCUGUCCUCCAAAGACAACCCUGGAAGGAUUUGGUAGCGUUCCCCUGCUCCACGCCGCCACCAGGAGGCCGACUUGUGUUGGAGAAAAGUCAAGGCGAGGAAAGCUACAAAUGAUUGUCUCCUGGGCUCCCUGGCUUCCUGCCUCAGCACGCCCCUCUGCUCUCCACGGCCCCUCGCUGCACCUCCACUUCCCUAGCUCUGGUCCCUCAUCCCCGCCCCGCUCGCUCUUGCCAGGUGGCUGCACCUUCUGCCCUCGGAGGUUGACAGGUGGCAUGGGAGCAGCCCCCGUCUCGCUCUCUGAUGACAGAUUGACCCGACCUGGUUACAUCCUUCCCCCGUUCCUUCUGUUAGGGUGGUGGGGAUGGCCACCUCCCUGUAGGACUCACUCCCCCUCUUCCUGGCCCCACCCUCCUGUCUCCUUGGGAGCCUACUGCAUCUCCCCAUGCUCAUUUGUGUCUUCAGACACUUUCUAUGGGCUACAGCUAGGCACCCUGAAGAAAGUCUUUCCUAUCUCGGCAACCCCCACCCCGGACCUUCACCCCGUUGGUGCUCCUUCCUCACCCCACUCCCCUGCCCUUCCCCACCAUGCCAGUGAGCCCUGCCACCAGCGCCAAGGUAACCUCCACACCUCCGAGUCCAGUGGUCGCCUUCAGUCCUAACUCCCCGAAAGACUCUGCUUCCCUUGGGUUCAGGACACUUCCUCCUGCAGCUCUGGCUGCUCCUCCCUACUCCCCCUUCAGGUCUCUGUGUUCUUUUAACUGUUGUUCUCUGGCUUAGGUCUGAGCCUUCUUCUCUUUCUGGUCUGUGUACUCCCCCGCCCACUCCCCGUGAUCUCAGCCACACCCCCGUCUUCACUAUGGGCUCAUGCCCGCAGGACCAAUAGGGCCAAUGGCGUCCUGACAGCUCCACUCAGAUGCCCCAUAGAAGCCUCGAACUCGCCUCUCCUCUCCUCUCAGUAAAUUGCACCAUCUGCCUAGUUACAGAAGCCAAGGCCCCAGAGCUGCCCAGGACCCCCCUGUGCUUUUUAUUAUUCCUCACAGCCAAUCACUUUUUGAGUCUUUCCAUGUUCUAAAUUCCUCUGAAAUCUGGACACUUCUUUCUAUUCCAUAAUCUUGAUAAAAUUAAAACAAGACUGACCUUGGGUAGAGACAGAAGCCUGGGAAGGAAAGAGCGAGAAAAGGAUUGGAACGCCCUUAGUCCUGCCAGACGUCAUGAGUGCCAGGUGGCGGCACUGAAACCAGCAAUAUUUUGGGGGUGGGGGGAACAGGGGUGGUUAGUCUAGUGCUCGGCUGUCAGCAAGGAGCCACUGGAUGAUACCUGAGGUUGAUCAACUCAGGAAGGAGAAGCACAUUUCAGGUUAGGAAGAAUUAGACGAUUAGAAGCAGCUGCUCACCUUUGGCGAGCCAGUCUGGAGGCAAGAGAGCCAGAGGAUCACUGCCUUUGUGUAGGGCUUCCUCAGACAAGGUUUUCAAAUCAACCAUUACACAAGUCCAAAACUUGUUGGGGAAAAAAAAAAUUAAAAAGAACACAAAUUAGAUCCCCCUAAGUAGGUGCAUCUCUCACCCACCUUCCAUACCCCCUUCCAGAUCCCUGGUGCUCCCAGAGUUCUUUGGAGGAAGGGAGCAGGGCCACAUCUGCAGGGUGCUCCAGACUCCCCUGUCCUCCCCUCCCUGCAGCCUUUAUCUAACCUGCCAGUGUGUGAGAGCUGUAGAGAACUGGUCUGCUAAGAUACUGUGUUUCCAAGUGUACCAGGGUGUGUAGGCCCCCUGCUCGGGCUGCAGCUGUGUCAGUGGCUGGAAUCGAGACGUGGGGGGCAGGUCGGUUCUGGCACAGACCUGGCGUGGUGGGCAGGGCUGGGGAGAGGCUGCCUGGGCAGCAGGGGUGCUCUGUAGGAGACCUCGCCCCUGCCGGGAGAGGCAGUGGGGCUGUAGUCUUGGGGUGGAGGGGCAAGACACAGGUCUGAUGCUGGAGACCUGGAGUGAGGACUGUGCUUAAAAAUGAGGUGGGUCAGACACAUGUCUGCUGCGGGCCCUGUGUUAACGGAUCCGAAGCAGAAAAAGAUAGAUGCUCUCAUCCACUCUUCGGACGGAAGACUCACCCCAGUGCCCGAUAGCAGCAGGACCAAGUGGAAUCAGCAGGCGGCCUAGCCGAGGGGGCAGCCCCUGGCAGGAGUGGCAGUGGUGACCGGCAGUGGAAGGGAGGCCUGUGGGGAGCACCUGAUCCAGGGGAGGGACCGUGAUGCUGGUGAAUGAGUGUAUCAGAAAAGUAAACAGGUGCUUAGCUGCGAAGAUGGGAGCCAUGUCCUCCAAUGGGCAGCAGCAGCCUGCAGAGCAGUGGGCAGAGGGCAGUAGGGGCCACAGGCUGGCUAAUGGGAUCGUUUAGGUUAACAGAUAACAUGUGAAGUAUCUCUGGGGCCUUCAGGCUUUGCAAGAGCUGUGGUUUUGUGUCUGCAAAAUACACCAGUGUGUGUCUUGCCCCACUGAUCCCAGCUGUUGCUUCAGCUCGGGUGCUAAGAAGGUUCCUCAGGAGCUGCGGACUCUCGAUUAGUAUUAAUGUCAGAUACUAGACAGGUAUCUUCAGGUGAGGAUGUUAAAUAUCAAAGAGUUUGGCUCCUGUCUGAUUUGCUGAUGCCCGAACGUGGAAUACAUCAGUCAUUAGGACAGUGGUUGCCAAUCCUGGCUGCACACUGGUGUCACUUGGGGGGUUUUAACCAAGGACAGAUUCCUGGGUCCCACCCCCCAGAGAUUCUAACUGACUUGGUCUGGGGUGCAGCCUGGACGUCAAGAUUUUUUUAAGCUGCUAUGCACAACCAAGGUAGAGACUCACUAAAUUGGGGGAGUCAAUUGCACAUCUGUGUCAGAGGAAUGCCGCCCCUUUCUAUACGUAUCAGCCUUGAGCAGAGGUGAGGUGUACAUUGCUGGGCUAUGAUCCAGGUGUGGAGGGGAAAUACUGGCUCUUCCCAGAUAAACCUCCUAGACUUCUGGAAGGUGAUGUCAACCCAGCUGCUUCCUCUGAGCAUCUUGGAAUGGCCGUUACACCUGCUGUGUUGAGUUGGGAUGUGACUGAUCUGCUAAGUUGACUGUGAUGAAGAUAAGUGAAAUAGAGCUCAUGAACCCGAUUGCCUGUGUGUCCUAGUUGCCUGUGUAGCCCGAAAAGAAUCCCAGAUCCCACGUGGCUCAGUCUGAACACAGUUUUGCAGUCAAAGAAACACAGUCCAUUAACCAAGUGUCCAGUAUUUACUCACAUCUUUCAGAGACUAUUACAGGGGAUCCAACUCCUAGCUCACAGCAGCACUCCUUAAACCCUCCACCACUUCACUCCAGCCCUCACCAUCUGCCACUCCCUGGUCCCUCAAAGCCUCAUCCCACUUUUCACUUAGAAUCCUCACACAUGGGCUCUGGUCCCUUCCCCACUCCAGUUCCUUCUGCUGCCAUCCCUUUCCCUUCCAAGCAAAUCUCAGCUUUUUCCGAUGAAAGGCCCUCUCCUAGAUUCUUGGGUUCUGGUCUCUGCCACUCUCCCUCUCUAUCCCCCCCUCCCCAUUAUCCUGAUUGUGGAAUAAGGUCGGGAAGUGGCAGUGUCGGGGUGUGGAACAGGGGCAGAAAAUGAGCAGGGCCAGAAAGACAUCCUGCCCUGGAGCCUCUAUGUGCUGAUUCUGUUAAGUCUGGGUCUUUAAAAAAAAGUCUUUUUUAAUUGUGUCAGUACUUCCCAGCUGUACUGCUGGGAUUUAAGGCAGGGAGGGGGAAUUGCCUUUACACCUGGCUGGAGUUCAGUGGGAGGCAUUCCAGUGAGACCAGUCCCAUGGGGUAGCCAUACUUUAUGGAAGUUCUCAAGGACAAGAGGAAUCUGGGAGGAAAAGGAGUCACGGCUGGAAGAUUCAACCCUCCUUCCCUCGACAACUCAGUGGAAAGGAGUGUCCUUUUAUGAAGGGAGCAAGCAGGUCUUCAGUAAGUUCAGGACGAAGGAUAUUUCCAUGACUAUAAAAGAGAAAAUGACCCCAGGACCAUGGGAGGCUCUUAAAAAAUGAGGUUCUCAUGGCUAUCAUAGAUGACCCUGGUAUAAAGAUGGGGGAGUUAGCUCAAGGAUGCAGGUGUGCUGCUUGCCAGGGAGCUCAACCCUUGGAGGAGAAUAUCUGAAGAGAAGACUCUGGCCCUGCAGCCUGAAGAGACAGUACCAGAAGACAGAUGGAAGCACCCUGGGCCACUGCAAGGGCUUCUGCAGUUUAGAGCAAAGAGAAGAAAGAAGAAGGGAAAGCCCAGCGUACUGUGUCGGUGGGUGGCAGAGAGGACUUGGCCAAGGGGACAGCUCUUCAGCCGAAGCCCAGGGGAGGCCAUAGCAAGGGGAGUCCAGCUCUUUCCACCAGCCCAAGUGUGAGAGCACCCCAGCCUUGUGAUCAGAACAGGCACUGGAAGAUUGGAGAUAGAAAACAACUUGAUUCUCCCAUGGGGGAAGAAGGCGGCGUCUCCUGUCUACAGGCUAGCAACUUUAAGGAAGACUCCUGGAGAAGGCUCCUCAUAGGGAGGCAAGGGAGCCGUGACAGCGAGACAGAGACUCAGAGCAAGACAGGCCAGAUGGAUGUAUGGUCAAAUGGAGAAUACAGAUAUGCAAGGCAUAUCUUUUGUCAAAUUAGGGCCUCAGGUAUAAAGUCCCAGAACUCACAGGCUGCUCUAAGCAACACCAGCUCUAGAUGGACUCAUAGUGAAUGUCUGUUUCUAUCAGUGACUAGGAGGAAGUUGGUGAGCCUGGGGUAGGGCUGUGAAAGGCAAAUACAGAUCAGCCCCUCUCAGGAAGCACAUUUUAAUUGUGAUUAGUAAAGACUUUGCUCUUGGCUGAAGUUUUGGUAAAACAAAUGUUUCACCUGGAGGGUGGAAGGGCCUAAGUAUGCUAAUUCUGCCCCAGACCAGGGACGUUAGCCAGAGGCCAGAGUUCAGGGAGGCCUCAGAUGGCCCCACGUGAGGCUGACUCCAUCAGCCACCAGGGACAGUCCCUAAGGGGGAACGAUCGAGGUCUUCUCUGGACUCUGUCCCAGCAGUGCCCCCAACUGGCCCUGUGACAUUGGCCCUGUCCCUCCCAGUGUCUGGUUAGUGUCCACAGGUGGCAUUCACAGGAGGUUCUGAGCAGGCCACCGAAGACUGAACGUCUGGCUUUGGCAGGUGUGCAAUCUACAUUAUGAAAGACUCCACCCCUCUCUUUAGUCCCAGCCCCGGGGUUUAAACUCUUCUAGCCAGAGCUCUUCCCCAGCCCCAAGGCCUUGCAACAGUGUUCUUGCCUUGGUGAGGGAGAGAACAGACCCUCAGGUGCCAGCCUGGAGGAGGCCUGGCCUCCGGCUUCCCUAAGCACCAUCUCCUGGACGCCAGACCUGGGGAGUCUUCUCUCUACUGUUCUCACAGCCAGGCUCUGUGUGUACCCCUAGAUGUGGCUGGCGUCCCAGAGGCCCAGCAGCCCUCCCUCUCCUUUGUGCAGGACACUGGGACCUCAGCUCGCUUGGGGGACAGGAAAAGCCAGGUACCUUGCCCCUUCCAGAGAGACACCUGAGGUUCGAGAUGAGCCUCCUUCCCCCUGUCCCAGGUUUAUGAUAUUUGCUCUGAGUCUGCUCAGAGAGACGACGUCAGGGGCAGACACGUCGGGCCCUGCCAGCCUCGGCCCUGGCGCCUUCCCUAAUCCUCCACACCCAGCCCUGCUCGCACAUGCGCACACUCGCCCACAAAGUAUCACACUUUCACACACACUUGUGUCAACACAGGUCCACAGCCCCACACCCCUCGUGCAUACCCCUUUCAUACACACUUGUGUCAACACAGGUCCACAAUCCCACACCCCUUGUGCACACCCAGAUGCACACACACACGAUAUUUGCAUUCAUUCCCACACAUUUUUCACGCACACUCACACUUGCUCACGUGAUCUCAUCCUACUCACGCACUAACGCACGUCCUGGUUCACAAGCACAGCCCUCACACGUGCACGUUCACAUCCAUUCAUGCGCUCACUUGGGGACCCAUCUUCCCUUUCCCAGUAACAUGCCCUCCCUCAAGUGCACACAGAUGCCCCCACCAUACCCAUGUGCUUGAGUCCCCCCUGCCACACUCAUGCACGCACAAGCAUGCACGCCUGCUCACGGGCGCAGGCUCACAUCGCCACUGCGCUCCCUCUCGUCCCCCGCAGACCCCUGACCUGUUGGCUUUUCUG